CGGUCCUGGUGACACAUUACGUCAUGCCCAAGCUGACAGAACGUGGAUGUCUUAUUGUUGGCGGCAUAGCCGUUUCUUUGCUGACCAUGGGUGCAGCUUUUGCUCCCAACAUUGGAGUUUUCAUUGUCAUUUUAUCUGUCAAAGGAAUUGUGAAUGGUCUGAAUUAUGUACCGGCUAUGGCGUUGAUACCAAGGUACUUUAAACGCUAUCGGUCGCGGGCCAGUGUUAUCCCUUUCUGUGGCGGAAGUGCAGCCAACAUUAUCGCUCCAUUUGUCAUCAGAGCUGUCAGAGAAGAAUACGGGAUUAGGGGAUGCUACAUUCUCCUCUCUGCGGUCGAGCUUCAUUACUGCGUGGCCGGUCUGUUACUGCGUCCAGUCAGUGCAUACAGAUUCCGCCCUGAAGACCCCAAGACGGUUGGAAACGAUACGACAGCUCUCCAGAGCCAGGUUCCAGCAAACAGCCAGGAUUUGCUCCUAAAUGAUGCAGCAAAGGAGAAUCAUGAUAAACUGCUGCAGGUCAAGAGUAAGGAGCUGGAUAGAGAUGUUGGAGCCACAGAGGCACUUCUAAACCACGUCCAUGAGGCUCUACACCAGAAAACUGUUAUCAACACUGACGAGAUGGCAGAUGGCACACUUACAGCAGACAGCAGCAAAGACUCAAAUCCGGACGGCCAAACUCAAUCAAACAAAGAGCACAGGAAAGAAGAUGUCGCUGACAAACCUGCAGUCAAGAGCCAGACAAGAUGGCACAAGUUUUGUCAAGCCUCGGGCCUUGAACUAUGGGGUUUCCGCUGCAUGCUUGUGUCCACGAUCCCUGGAAGUGUCUCCUCGUAUCUGCUGAACUACAUGCCGACCAUCUGCAAGUUCCAAGGUGCAAGUUUCGAGCAGGCGGCGUUCCUGACUACAAUCAUGGGUGGUGUGGAACUGGUUAGUCGGAUCUCGACUGGGUUUUUUGCUGACACAAAAGUCUUGCCUCCAUCAAGUUUAUUUGUUAUGAUACAGUUGUGUCUAGGUAUCGGAUGUCAUUUCUUUAGAUUUACCACAUCGUUUGUAACUUUAAUUCCAAUGGUAGUUUAUACAGCAAUCUUUCUUGGUUCCCGAGCACCGCUACAAUCACUAAUGUGUCAAGAGGUGGUUGGACCUAAGAAGUUCCCUCAAGCCUACAGCUUGGCGAUUGUGAUACUGACUCUUUCGUCAUCAAUACUAAACCCUGCAUUAGGAGCCCUGGUUGAAGCUACGGGAUCGUUUGUUCUUGUUACGCAUAUCCUCGGAACAUGUUUUCUCAUCGGUUCCGGCAUGCUGGCCUGUCUGCCGCUGUUUGUACGUCUCGAUGCGAAACAUGGCAGAAAUAAAUAA